CGAGAUUAUAAUGUUCACUGCUUCUGAUCUUCCAGUUGAGGGCCCAUGGUUUGACAUUUUGUGAUGAUCAUGUCUUCAUUAUGACCCUGCUAUGUGCAAUAUGACUAAUUCAGUUCAACUGGCACAGGAUCCGUUUGCAAUAAAUAACUUGAAAAUAAGGACCAAUUCAAAUCUAACUGCUAAAUCCAUCUCCGAAGUUAACUGUGAUGAUGCUAGGAAUCAUCAGGGGUGAGGUAACUUAGACUAGCAAUUACCUUCCAGCAGAAGGCCUUAGAGGAGAGCUAUUGAUUGGACCAGGAGGUCAGAGGGGGUCGACAGCUGCAGGAGCAGCAUGGACGGGGGGAAAACACAGCAAUUGUGUUGGAGGAGGGGUGGCCUUCAGGGAUGCCAUAUGUCGUUUUUUGCAUUAACUUGCUGAAGCAUGAGGGAGUUGCUCAAAGAUGGAAGACUGUUUGAUAGAAGACCAGACAACCUUUUACUCGAAGGCAGAACACUACUGGAAGGAAGUCCCACCCACUGUGGAUGGAAUGCUGGGAGGUUAUGGCAGCAUUUCCAGCAUUGACAUUAAUGGCUCCAAAAAGUUUCUUCAAAAAUUCCUUGGGGAAGGCCAGGGUAAGACUGGGACGGGCUGUGCUCUGGACUGUGGAGCUGGUAUUGGCCGUAUCACCAAGCGGCUGCUCCUGCCUCUCUUCCGUACAGUGGACCUAGUGGAUGUGACGCAGGAGUUCCUGGAUAAAGCUCGUACAUACCUGGGUGAGGAAGGCAAGCGGGUGGAGAACUACUUCUGCUGUGGCUUGCAAGAUUUUCAACCCCAGCCAGAACGUUAUGAUGUCAUAUGGAUUCAGUGGGUGAUUGGUCACUUGACCGACGAUCACCUGGUGGAAUUCCUGAGGCGUUGCCAGAGCGGUCUGCGUCCGGAUGGCCUGAUUGUGGUGAAGGAUAAUGUUGCGUAUGAGGGUGUAAUACCUGAUGAUGUAGACAGCAGUGUGUGUCGGAACCUGAAUCUACUACGUCACCUAGUAUCCAAGGCUGGACUCAACAUCAUCUGUGAGGAGCAGCAGCAGAACUUCCCUGAGGAGAUCUAUCAGGUUCACACUCUAGCGCUCAGAUAGCUGCAAGCAUUGCAAGAGUAUGUUUUUGUGUGUUUGUUCUGAAGCCAAUGAUGUCAAAGGAAAUUAGGAUCAAUGUUAGCUACACAAGAAGCUAUGUGUUACUGUCUGUGUGAUCGCCAUUUUUUUAAAAAGGCACAAGACUUAAAGGUGAUAUUGGGAGCUUGGGAUUUUACCUCAGGAGUUUGUAAUAUGGCAGCUAGGGCUCAUAGCUGUCAUGAAUGUGAAUGUAAAAGUGGCAAAUGGUAGCUUUUCAGAGAUCCAAACAGCUUCACACUCCAGUUUAUCCUCGGUUUGAAGUCUUCUGUCUGACUCAGCAAGGUUGGAAAAACAUGUGGAAGAUAGGAACAAUCAAAGAAAAAUUGUAAACCACACACACUGCUUCAUUUUUAGCAGUGGGUGUGCUAAAGACUAAAGAAGGGAUAGUUCAGCCUAAUGAAAAUUGUCAUCAUUUUGUCACCCUCAUGUCAUUCAAAACUUUCCUCUGAUGAAUAUAAAAUAUAUUUAUGAUAGUGGUUUUUUUUUUUUUUUUUUUUUUUUUUAG